AGAAAACCCACAACUACAAGUACUUGGAAAGUGUUUUGGGGGAAACCGAUCAAAACCUUAAACCUUCAGAAAAUCCUAAACCCAUGACUAAAAGAUAAACAACAACAGUAUAUACGUAUAGUAUAUAAGACCAAACAAUAUUCCCAAGUCGUCUUCCCUUACUGUAUAUUUUUAAUUUUCUUCAACAUCCCCUGUUUGAUUGAUUGAUCACUUUCAAUCCUUGUCCACAUAAAGUUUCUCAUACUAUUUCCUUCAAUUCUCUUCUCUGCAACCCGUUUUACAAGUUCUGUUCUUGUGGGUUUUCCUUCUCGGUAAGUGAAUUUGAUUUUGGGAUUUCCUGCAAUUUGUUUCUCCCUGCCCUUUUUUGCUUGGUUUGGUUCUAUUUUAGUUUUUACUGUUGUUAAAGUUUUUUACUUUUUGCCGCUUGUAAUGAAAUUGAAUCUCUCUUUGAUCAUGUGUGCAGGUUUGGUUAUGUGAUUGGAGCUGAAUGAUGGGUAACGCUUGUUGUUGCUUCGGUUAUGAAGAAAUUGGUUCUGAUCAUCAGGGAAGCUCCGGCUGUUUUCACGGUCUUGUUAGCAAGUGUCGAGCUCUAUUUGGAAGAGGAAGUCCAGCCCCUGCAUCUGAUGAAGAAGCUAUCCCUCUAGAAUCUGAAGGAAUACAAAUUGGUUCUUCUGCAACCAGUCCGAUUGAUGUUACUUUGUCAGUGGAUCAGAAUUCACAAAUGUCAGGGGAUGAUGUAGUUGGAGGGCAAGAUAGAGGCUCAAGUCAUUCCCGUGCCGAGGAGCCGGUACCAAUUACUGCAACUGUUCAACAACCACCGAACCUGUUGAAAGUAGACACUACGCUAUUUAAUGCUUUUAAGCCAGGGAAAGAUAAAGAAUUGUGCUCUGAUUCCUCUUUGAAGGUCUUCUCUUCAGUGGAGCUAUAUGGUGCGGAAUAUCUUAGUCCUUCAUCAGAAGAUGAGGAUGUUUGCCCCACUUGUCUUGAAGAGUAUACUGGAGAAAAUCCGAAAAUUGUCACUCAUUGCUCGCACCAUUAUCACCUUAGUUGUAUAUACGAGUGGAUGGAGAGAAGUGAAACCUGUCCCGUUUGUGGAAAGCUGAUGGAAUUUGAUGAAUAAAUCUUGUCAUCCUGAGCUUGGUGCCGGCUUUUGUACAUGAUUGAAGACAGAGACGAGGGUAAAGAAGAUUUAGUAGUAAAAUACUAAAAUGUUGGGAGAUUGAUUGUGUUUCCUUCUUUUCUUUUUUUUUUUUUUUUG